ACUUAUAGAAAAUCAGAUACAUGUUAAUAAGGAAAUAUACAGUAAAAUAAAAAAGUAAUACUUUCAUUAAAUAACUGUGGAACAUUUUAAAGCAUUUAAAAAAAUUUUUUUGUAUGUUUAGAUUAAAAGAUUAGUUUGUUCAUUUCCAAACCGACAAAAUAAUUUUCAUUAACAAAUGGAAAUCUGUAAAAUACAGUCACAAAUACUAUAUUCCCUAGUACUAUACUUAUAAAAUAGCGUAGGCGAACGCGAUCUUGAAAUGUAAAGGCUGUUCAAAAAUAAUCUAUCCGAAAAUAGCGACAGGGAAUUUAGUAAACGCACUUGAGCAUUUCAUUAAACAAGCUUCGAUUGAGUUAGAUUAGGUUAACGGCAAAACAUGGACAUUUUCCCGUGUGAAAUCUGGGAAGAAGUAGUGAGAAAAUUGCCAGCCUUUGACCUGAUCAAUUUCUGCAAAUCAUCUGACGCCCUGUUGUAUUUGCUGAGGGACAAAAACGUUGUGAUAGAUUUUGAUCUCGGAGGAUGUUUCGAUAUUUACAAAGAGGAGUUGUACCAAAACUUCUACCAGGAUGUGGGAUACGAGCACAUAAGAAGUCUAAAUAUAAACAAAAUCUAUUGGAUAGGAUUGGAGGAAAUAAGGGAUAUAGUUAGAUUGUUACCUCAUCUAGAAGAACUGCGUGCUUUAGAUACGAUUUUAGGCAUGAGAAACGAUGACGUGGUUCUAUAUAAGAAGCUCAAAAAGUUGGCGAUCUCAGUUGAAAUGGACCAGUUCACAUCAACCCGUGAAGUUUACAGGGAAUGUUUCUCCCAUUUAAAAUCGCUCUGUAUAAAAUUUGUUUCCAAAUACAGAGCGGAUUUUAGACGAGUUUACUAUAUGUUUUUUAACGAGCUGCGAAAGCUGGAUGAACUUUGGAUAUAUGACGCGGACGAUCUGGAGACGCAAAUGUUAAGAUAUGACUAUAUUGUUUGCAACUUGCGAUCUUUAAGGAAGCUGGUAAUCAAGUCAAAGACCAAUUUAACGUUGCUGGAUUACACGCCCUUUGGAUUGCUAAAGAUAUAUGAGCGGAGGCGAAGGAAUAAUUCCACAAUUUGCUAUGUGAAAUUUGAUAUUCCUCAACUAAUAACGCUACGAAAACGUUCCUUAUCAGAAGUAUUUGAAAGCAGAACGGAGAAGUCCUGGAGUAUAAUUCGGUCCUUUCUUAUAGAAACUCCUUGCAGCUUUGAGACAGCCCAAGACAUACGCAAAAUCAAGACAAUAAAGAACGUAGAAUUUAGAGAGCUCUCAUUCUUUCAUUCGAGAACUUGUAAUUCGACGUUUAUUAAUUCUGUAAUCGACAUUUUAUUAUCAAAGUGUUCUAAGAGUUUAAAAAAACUUUGCCUAACGUUCUGUAUACUCCAGGGUAACAUAGAAAUCCGCCUUAUUAACAGUCUCAUAUUUAGAAAGUUUAAUAUUUUAGAAGGGAAUGUAGAACAAACUGAGAAACAAAACGUAUUUAGGCAUAUUAUCAAUAACUGUCGAUACUUGACAGAUUUGGAGAUUGUUUCUUGCACCAAUAUGGAACCUGUUGAUUUGAACGAAGAGUGUGUCAAAGUGCCAUGCUAUAGUUCUGCCAUUAUUGGCGCGUAUGAACUUAUUAGCAAUCUGCGGCAUUUGAAGCGACUGCGGUUGGAAGUUCCAUCGUAUUUAAAUGGCAACUUCCUCAAAGAUGUAUUCCUUAAAUGCUCCGAGCUUCAAAGCCUGCAGAUUCUAAGCGAAGAUACCAAUGAAGAUUUGAAUUCCGUUUUAUACUCACACCUGAACUACGCUCACAAGCUGAAGGAAUUUAGGUUUGAAAACGUUCACAUCGAUUUAGACCGUUUGUUCUCAGCAUUAAACAAAGUAAUACCAUCAAAACUGCAACGAAUUGUAGUAAAAUGUGAUUAUGAACACUCCAUGCAACUGUGGCCUCUGGAAAAAUUGCUGAAACGCAACUGCGACAUUAUUUUCUUGGCAAUUUUAGUCUCUACGUACAACAGACAUCAAAUAAACAAAUUACAAGAGUUACUGAACGAUUUCAAGGAUCAUCCCGCUAAGGUUUACGUCGCCAAAACUACAAUGACUCCAGAGGAAGAUCUCGUCAUUCCAGAAGCUCACAAGGAUAUUUUAUAUUUUAGCACUGAUGUUUCCGUACUUCAUUUUUCAGACUUUUAGCUGAAAGUUCAAUAAUAAAGUCCUUAAUACUUU